AAAAUGGUAAACUUCCCAAACCAGCUAGAUGAGAAAAUGGUGGGUAGUUUCCUUUGACUUCAUUUUGUGACUGCAAACUCCAUUACUAUUUUCUCUCUCUCGUAAAUCUUAAAAAAUGUCUCCUAAACUGCCCUCUCUCUCCUCCCGCCCCACCCUCAAUCCCUAACCCUCACACCAUCCAUUCGACUAAAUUCCCCAACCAAAAACCCAACAAUGGACGGAAGCAUUCUCGAAUCCAUCGGACUCGAAAUCAUCGGAGUCAUGGCCCCAGUCUCGAUCUGCAUGCUCUUAGUCGUCCUCCUAGUCUACUCCCUCUCCUCCUCCUCCUCCUCCUCCGCCGCCGUACCCAUCCGCACCGCCGCCAAUCUGGUCUACCUCGAAACCCCCUCCGACUCCGCCACCCAGAAACUCGAAGGCGCUCUCCUCAACGCCCUCGUCUUCGUCAUCAUCAUCUCCAUCGUCACUUUCCUCCUCGUCCUCCUCUACUACUACAACUUCACCAAUUUCCUCAAGAACUACACUCGCUUCUCCGCCUUCUUCGUCCUCGCCGCAAUGGGAGGCUCAAUCUUCCUCUCCAUCAUCCAACAUUUCUCAAUCCCAAUCGAUGCCAUCACUUGUUUCGUCUUGCUUCUCAAUUUCACUGUUGUGGGUGUUCUCUCUGUGUUCUCUCGUGCUGUACCCAUUUUCUUGAAACAAGGGUUUAUGGUUGCUUUGGGGAUUAUUGUGGCGGCUUGGUUUACCAAUUUGCCUGAAUGGACCACUUGGGUUUUGCUUAUUGCACUUGCUUUGUAUGAUUUGGUUGCGGUUUUGGCUCCUGGGGGGCCUUUGAAGAUCUUGGUCGAAUUGGCUUCGAGCCGGGACGAGGAGCUUCCGGCAUUGGUGUACGAGGCUCGGCCAACUGUGUCAAGAAAUUCGGGAGUUCGGGGUUCAAAUUUGGGUCUUUUGGUUGGUGGGUUUUCAGAUUCUGGUUCGGUGGAGCUUCAGGUAGUGCCUAGGAACAAUGAGAGCGAUUUAGAGAAUUCAGAUUACACUGCUGUUGCAAUUCGAAACCAGAGUGAAGUUGGGAUUGGGCGUGAAGAAGGGGGAGAGACAUCUCCAUUGGUUCCUAAUUCUAGGGAAAGGCGGUCAUCAAGUAGUGGCUCUUCAGAGUACUCAGUGGACACUUCUGGGCAAUAUGGGCAUGGUCAUGGGCAAUCUGAAAUUGUGGCUGAUGAGGAAAGGUCUCCUCUUGUUGAAUUGUUGGGUUUGGAGGGUGAGAGAGAGCCUGUAGGGGGGGAUGGGUCCGAUACCUUUGUAACGGCUACGCGUGGCAUAAAACUUGGUCUUGGGGACUUUAUUUUCUAUAGUGUUCUUGUGGGUAGAGCUGCAAUGUAUGAUCUAAUGACUGUUUAUGCUUGUUACCUAGCGAUUAUAUCAGGACUCGGGUGCACUCUUAUUCUGUUGGCUGUGUGCCGCCACGCAUUGCCUGCUCUCCCAAUUUCUAUCAUUUUGGGGGUCGUGUUCUACUUCUUGACUCGGUUAUUAAUGGAACCGUUCAUUGUUGGUACUUCCACGCAUUUGAUGAUGUUUUGAUCUUCUGUUUUACUUAAAAAACACUAUGACUUUGAAGAUGAAGCGAUAUAUACCGGUCCAUGACAAUAUCCUCUUUGUGCUUUUGUGACUUUGUCAAUUGUCAUGACCUAAGUUUGGGAUCGGAUGAUUCAUACUCCAAUACCAUCCGGUAUCACACUGAGACGUAAUUUGACUAGCUGCCCAGGUUGGUCUACCAAUACUUCUACCCCUAAUUUUUUGCUGUUAAAGUGCCUUGUGAUAUCUGCUUCAUUUCAUUUUAUCUCAGCGGAAAUGUAUUGAUUUGAUUGUAACCGCAUACUGUAGUAAACAUUAAAAGGUAUAUAUAUCCGGGUAUUUCUUAGUUGAAUUGGAUU